UAACUCGGCGGAGCACAGGGGCACUCCAUCCGGUCUGAGUCCACCACUGACCCACAUGCAGAGCAUAAUGAUGCUGGUGGUGGAGUCGGUGGAGUCGAUGAAGAGCGGACUGAGCCUGAUCCUGAUCCUCAACCAUGAAUGACAGAUACCACAAGGCAGCCAGGGACGGAUACCUGGACCUGCUGAAGGAGGCCACUAGGAAGGACCUCAACGCCCCGGAUGAAGAUGGCAUGACACCGACGUUAUGGGCCGCUUACCACGGCAACCUGGAGGCGCUGAGGCUAAUCGUGGCCAGAGGAGGAAACCCUGACAAGUGUGACAUAUGGGGUAACACACCGCUCCACCUGGCGGCUGCCAACGGUCACAUGAACUGCCUCUUCUUCCUGGUGUCUUUCGGUGCCAACAUAUGGUGCCUGGACAACGACUACCACACGCCGUUGGACAUGGCCGCCACAAAAAACCACAUGGAUUGCGUCCGCUACCUGGACUCCAUCGCAGCCAAGCAGACUAGCCUGAACACCAAGCUGGUCAGCAAGCUAAAGGAUCGGGCCUUUCGAGAAGCCGAACGGCGAAUCAAGGAGUGCAUGAAGAUGCAGAAGAAACACCGCAAACGAAUGGAGAAGAAGCAUCACAGGGAGGUCUCCGAAGCUUCUGCAUCUGAUGUCAUGAGUUUUUCUAGUUACACUGGCAGCUCUGUUAGCCACAAGCUGCGCCAUUACAAUGCUGCUACUGUCAGCGUGCCAUAUUCACAGGCUACUCUCCAUGCCACAAAUCGAGGGAAGACUAAAAUUCAGAAGAAGCUGGAGAAGAGAAAACAAGGAGAUGGGACUUUUAAAAUCUAUGAGGACGGAAGAAAAAGUGUGCGCUCGCUCUCUGGGCUUCAGCUGGGCAAUGACGUCAUGUUUGUCAAGCAGGGGACGUAUGUGAAUCCGAGAGAGCGAGGACGCCGCAACAUUCGGGACAUGUUCCCCCGAGACAAUGACGAUGCCAUUUCACGUGCCAUGAGCGAGCCGGACUUCCAUGGGCCUGACAUUGACUUUUCUGAGAUCAGCACCGACUCUGGGCACGAUUCCUUGUUCAACCGGCCUGGUCUGGGCACCAUGGUAUUUAGGAGGAACUAUGUGAGCGGGGGCAUGUUUGACCUUGGUCACAGGGAUGAGGCCGGGACCAGCCAUUCUGGUAAUAAUGUGCGUUUACGUAGCCGUCUACAGCCAUAUCCGAGUGCAGACGAAGAUAGCAUCGGCAGUGCACGCAGUCUACAGGAGAGGAAUGUAGAGGAACUGCCCUGGGACGAGGUAGAACUGGGACUGGAUGAUGAUGACGAACCUGAAACGAGUCCUCUAGAAGUGUUCCUGGCCACCCAGAGCAUGGUGGAGUUUUACUCCAUCUUCAGGAGAGAGAAGAUUGACCUUGAAGCGUUGCUGCUCUGCUCCGACCUUGACCUUAAAAGUAUCCACAUUCCCCUAGGACCACGGAAAAAGAUCUUGGACGCCUGCAAGAGACGACUGGAGACAAUAGAAGACCCAGACUGUAUAGAGGACACAGAACUAUGACUUUGGAGACACACUUUACUUUUUUAUGUUUGGAACCUGAUUUAGCAAGGACGUAUUGUUUAUUAUUGUUUUCUCUUUACACCAGCACGGUGGACUUAAUGUAAAACAAUGAUUUAAAGGAGUGCCAACUUAGGUUUGAUGGUUUAAAGGAAUUUUACUCCAAAAGAAGUACAAAUGAUGAACAAACUUUGUUCAUGUUUAAAAGUGCGACAAGUACAGGUGGAAGUUACUCGGAUCAAAUAUCCAAACUGAAUAGUGCACAAACAGACUUGAACCGUAACAAACCUUUGACAUUGAAAGACAAGGCUGGAUGUGUCUUGAAAUUAGGUGAAUGGAUGGUAUUGAGACCUGCUAUGACCGAGUUACUGUUGUUCAAUCCAGACUUCAAACUUUUUUUUUCCAUUUUUUUAACAACAGGUUAUGAUGUCAUGCUAUAGCCAAACGUAACAGGCAUGAUACUGACAGACGCCAAAAAACGUCUUUUACGUUAAGGACGUAUAGUGGUGUUUCCUCAGGAACUGGUUCUUGCUGCAUAGCACUUGGCUUGACUUUGUUUUUAAAAAUCCUGCAUUUACAAAUAGGUAAGACAAAUAAAACAAAUUAGUCACUCAAUAACAGGCCAGAUUUUCUCUUAAAACCAAACUUGCUUUUCCUCUUGUUUUUUUCCUUUCUAACCUCUGUUACACUGGCAUGUUGUUCAGCUCGAGUCCCCAGCACUACAGGGUUGAACAAUCAAUCAGAAAGACUACUGCAGAAUGCAGUACUGUGGCCUGGGAUUGUACAGUACUUUAUGCCUCGUGGCAUAACAGACAAAGAGUUGAUUGUAGGGUUUGUUUCCCUGAAGCUUGUUUGCCACCAUGGGGCAAAACCCUACUGUUCUAAGUGCCUGCACAGCCUGAUUUUUUGAAUUUUAAACUGUCACUAGAAAUGUAGAAAGGUUUUCAAAUACAACACUGAGAGCUUGUUUUUCACACUGACGUCUGCAGACGUUUACAUUCAGCAGGCUUCACUGCUUCUGCUCAGGUCAACUGCACUGAGAUUAUGUUUGGGUCAGAAACAGUGUUACAUAAUUUAAAGAACAGGACAUUUGGAACAAGUUAAGUAUUACAAACAAAUUACAAAUUAAGAUGUUUGCUCCGUUGUUUCUUGUGUUGAGUGUUGUAAAAAACCUGAUCAAAGAAAACUCAAUCAAAGAUUGUUGAAACGUGUCCUGACAAGUUAUAGUUAUUGAAAUCAAACAUCUGACGUUUUCCUGGUACUGUAGCUGUGUUUAAUGGGUUUCUUUGUUAAAAAUUUUAGCAUUAUUUUCCCUAAACAAAGUGACGACUCAGGCGUGAUUCCAACCACACAGGUCUGUUUGGAGCCAUAAUUUUACUGCUUUUAAGACUUUGUUGUGUCUGAGUGUCAAAAAUGUUUUGGCAUCAUCACAUCCUCGGCUCUGCAGUUAACCCUUCUUUGUCACCAACAGAGGUUCACUGCCUUCUUAUGUAAGGUCUGCCAGUGAAGGAAAGCUGCGUUGUGUAAGCCUUGGGAUUUUUACAAAGAAAUGUUGUCAUGAGCCGCCAACGUCUAUGGCGCUCUGGGCAUCGUAACAACUGAUAAAACGUCCAAAAGACCAAAGUGAGAACAUUUUAGACUUCAACAGUGUAUUUAAUAUCAACGCGGACCUGCCGGUUCAGCUUAUUUGAUCAGAGUUUUCACUCAACGAUACCUGAUCCUCUGUUUGUCCUUGUUUUUGUUGUAGGAAUUGGCAGAGAUUGAGAUGGAUGGGUUUUUAACCUGUUUUUUUGUCCUGCAGUUGUAGAGUAAAGGCCACAAACAUCCACAGACAAAUUCACAAUUAUUUUCAGAAAGUGGCUAACAUUGACUGUACUAUAUAGUAAUAUACAUGAACACUACAGUACAUCAUUGUCAGGAAAUCCAACAUAGAUCCUAAAACUUCCCUUCAGCAUGAAUUUUGAUAGUUCCCAUGACGUUUUUGUUUUUUUAACAUGCACUAUGUUUUUUAUGUUUCCCAGUUUUAUGAAUUAAAAAUUAAAUAAAAAAAUCUGAAAAUAUAGCUAAAUUAUUUAAAAGUAACCAAAUCUUAAAUAAGGUUAAAGUCAGCUUAAUUUAACAAAUUAACCGUUUAGUUCAAUCGAUAGUUUGUAAUGUCUUUAAGCUAGGCAAGUAGAAGCUUACAUCAGAGAAACAUAUAAUUAGUAAUUUGGCAAAUUAGUCAGAAAAAACACAUUGCAAAAACAAAAAUCCAAAAAAACGAAGGAAGGAAGGAAAGUGAACUAUCUGUCAUUGUGACACACAACAAAAUGUGACCUCUGCAUUUAACCCA